UUUUUUUUCCAUAGAUCGUAAAGCUAAAAUUCUAUUGUAUAUGAGUUAAUACUAUUUUGUUUGCUCUUUGCAUCUAAAAAAUUCAAGAAACUUUAAUUCCUAGCUUUAUUCCUUUUUGAACUUUCCUAGUGAUAUACAUGUUUGAUUUGUCAACUUGUGUUUUCCAAAUAAUGAUAUAACAUACCUUCCAUACUUAAAUCUCAAUAAGAGAACGUAUAAAUACAUUAUAACACGAUUCUUCAUCCAACUCAAAUUUGUGAUUGUUUAAAUAAUAUCCCGGAAUGAAAAAUCUAUUAAAAUUGAAUACUAUAUGAUUACGUUCCGUUUUGGUGUAGUCUAUUAAUAUCUGCUUCGAUCACUUUAUGCACGUUUUUAUUAUUUCUCUUUCUAUUUCUCAUUAAACAAAAAUUUUUUUUCUGUUUAUUUAUUUUCUAGAGUACGUGGUCCACCGUCGAAUUUUCCAGAAUUUGAUCGAGUAUUUAAUUGUAAACCUGGACAAGGUAAUAGUCAAUUAAAUAAAUGUACUGUUUGGUAA